AUGGCCGCCCGGGUGCUCGUCGUGGGCAACGGGGGCCGAGAGCACACGCUGGCCUGGAGCCUGGCGAGGUCUCCUCACGUCAGACAGGUGUUGGUCGCCCCUGGAAAUGCAGGCACUGCCGGCUCCGAGAAGAUUUCAAACGCCGCCAUCUCCAUCAGCGACCACAGUGCCCUCGCGCAGUUCUGCAAAGAUGAGAACAUUGAAUUCGUCGUCGUUGGACCAGAGGCACCUCUGGCUGCUGGGAUGGUCGGGGACCUGGCGGCGGCAGGCGUGCGGUGCUUUGGCCCCACAGCACAAGCGGCUCAGCUAGAGUCCAGCAAAAGGUUCGCCAAGGAGUUCAUGGACCGGCAUGGCAUCCCAACCGCCCGGUGGAGGGCCUUCACCGAGCUGGAGGCGGCCCGCGGCUUCAUCCUGAGUGCUGACUUCCCUGCUCUGGUCGUGAAGGCCAGCGGCCUGGCCGCCGGGAAGGGGGUGAUCGUGGCAGCGAGCAGAGAAGAGGCCUGCAGAGCCGUGCAGGACAUCAUGCAGGAUAAAGCCUUUGGAGCAGCGGGAGAAACGGUUGUCAUUGAAGAGCUGCUGGAAGGAGAAGAGGUUUCUUGUCUGUGCUUCACCGAUGGGCGGACCGUGGCUCCCAUGCCCCCCGCGCAGGACCACAAGCGGCUGCUGGAGGGAGAUCGAGGCCCCAACACGGGGGGCAUGGGGGCCUGCUGCCCCGCCCCGCAGGUCUCGAAGGAUUUGCUGCUGAAGAUUAAAAAUGCCAUCCUUCAGCGGACAGUGGACGGCAUGCAGCAGGAGGGCACGCCGUACACAGGUGUUCUCUACGCGGGCGUGAUGCUGACCAGGGAUGGCCCGAAGGUUCUGGAGUUUAACUGCCGUUUCGGGGACCCGGAGUGCCAGGUGAUACUUCCGCUUCUUAAGAGCGAUCUCUACGAGGUGAUUCAGUCCACCCUGGAUGGCCUGCUCUGUGCAGCUCCACCCGUUUGGCUUGAAAACCAGGCGGCCGUCACCGUCGUCAUGGCAAGUCAGGGGUAUCCUGGAGACUAUGCCAAGGGUGUGGAGAUAACAGGCAUCGCCGAGGCCCAGGCUUUGGGGCUGGAGGUGUUCCAGGCAGGCACAGCCCUGAAAGAUGGCAAAGUGGUGACCAGCGGAGGGCGAGUCCUCACGGUGACGGCCAUCCGGGACACACUGGUCGCAGCCCUCGAAGCAGCCAAGCAAGGGCUGGCUGCUAUAAAGUUUGAGGGCGCCGUCUAUAGGAAGGACAUUGGCAGCCGCGCCAUAGCGUUCCUCCAGCAGCCCAGGGGCCUGACGUACAAGGACUCGGGGGUGGACAUUGCAGCUGGAAACCUGCUGGUCAAGCAAAUUAAGCCUCUAGCCAGAGCCACCUCCAGACCAGGCUGUGAUGUGGAUCUGGGAGGUUUUGCUGGUCUUUUUGACCUGAAAGCAGCGGGGUACAGAGACCCUCUCCUGGUCAGUGGAACAGAUGGCGUCGGCACGAAACUGAAGGUUGCCCAGCAGUGCGAGCAGCACGGCACCGUCGGCCAGGACCUGGUUGCGAUGUGCGUGAAUGAUAUCCUGGCCCAGGGCGCAGAGCCCCUCUUCUUCCUCGACUACUUCUCCUGUGGGCACCUCGAUGUGGGCACCGCUGCAGCCGUUGUUGCUGGCAUCGCUGAAGCGUGCAGGAAAGCGGGGUGCGCCCUCCUCGGAGGGGAAACGGCAGAAAUGCCGGGCAUGUAUGCCCCCGGGGAGUACGACCUGGCGGGCUUCGCCGUGGGCGCCGUGGAGCGCGACCAGCAACUCCCUCGCCUGGAAAGCAUCGCUGAAGGGGAUGUUGUUAUUGGAGUAGCGUCAUCUGGUCUCCACAGCAACGGGUUCAGCCUUGUGAGGAAGAUUGUAGCAAAAUCUUCCCUCCAGUACUCCUCUCCGGCGCCCCACGGCUGCGGCUACCAGACCUUAGGAGACUUACUUCUGACUCCGACCAGAAUCUACAGCCACUCCCUGCUACCUGUGUUGCGUUCAGGCCACGUCAAGGCCUUUGCCCACAUCACCGGCGGCGGGCUGCUGGAGAACAUCCCGCGGGUCCUCCCUCCGAGCUGCGGGGCGGAGCUAGAUGCCCGGGCCUGGAGGGUGCCCGCCAUCUUCUCGUGGCUGCAGCACGAAGGAUGCCUGUCGGCUGAGGAGAUGGCCAGGACCUUUAACUGCGGGCUCGGAGCUGCCCUCGUGGUGUCGCCGGACCUGGCAGAGCAGGUGCUGAGGGACGUUCGGCAGCACCAGGAGGAGGCCUGGCUGGUCGGCCAGGUGGUGGCCCGCCCUGAAGGUUCCCCCCGAGUGAGAGUCCAGCACCUGCUGGACGCCCUGCAGCCCCACAGGCCCGCGCUGCACAACGGCCCCGCGCCCAGUCCCCUCUCCACCCCGGAGAAGGCCAGGGUGGCCGUCCUCAUCUCCGGGACAGGCUCGAACCUGCAGGCGCUGAUAGACAGCACCCGGGAGCCGAGCAGCGCCGCCCACAUCGUCCUGGUCAUCUCCAACAAGGCCGCGGUGGCCGGGCUGGACCGAGCGGCCAGUGCGGGCAUUCCCACCAGGGUGCUUAAUCACAAGCUAUAUAAAAGCCGUGUCCAGUUUGACGAGGCCAUUGACCAGAUCCUUGCAGAGUUCUCCGUGGACAUCGUCUGUCUGGCCGGGUUCAUGAGGAUCUUGUCCGGCCCCUUCGUCAGGAAGUGGAAUGGGAAGAUGCUCAACAUCCACCCGUCCCUGCUGCCGGCCUUCAAGGGCGCCAAUGCCCACGAGCAGGCCCUGGCCACCGGCGUGGCGCUGACAGGGUGCACCGUGCACUUCGUCGCUGAGGACGUGGACACCGGGCGGAUUAUCUUACAGGAAGCUGUGCCGGUGAAGAGGGGCGACACCGUGGCCACCCUGUCCGAGAGGGUGAAGGUGGCGGAGCACAGGAUCUUCCCCGCGGCCCUGCAGCUGGUGGCCAGCGGCGCCGUGCGGCUGGGCGAGGACGGCCGGCUCUGCUGGGCCCAGGAGUGA